AUGAGGCUAUUAACCCACAACAUUCUCAGAUCGCAGAUCAAGGGAGUAACAAACAACUACCCACUGAAAAUCAUUGUAAGAAAAGUCAGCGUAAAGGAAGAGACAUUCGAUCCCGAUUAUCUCAAGAUAGCGUUCUUCACUAACAAUUGGGAUGCCCUAGUGUAUGUGUCAAACACCUUGGGAUACACCGAGCUCCCUGAUACGUCGGUAAUCAAUGUUGAUGAGUUUUUGAAGAAAUUUCACCAUGCACUCCUUGAACUUCAACUCGAGGAAGGUGCUCUGAUUUUCCCAGAGACUUAUUAA